GUAAACAAUAUGGCGGCUUCCAGACUGAGAAUUAAGUCGUGUGAUGUUAAUUAGGAUAUAAUGUUUAGCUACGUCCGUGAUUCUUUUAUUCUAAAUCAUUUUAAGAGAUGACGUAAUUACAUGUUGAGAUGGAUGCUGAAGUAGCUCAGGAACUUAUAUUAAGUUGUCAUUCCAAAUUAAAGAGUGCAAAAGUAACGGGUGUCAUUGAGUUGAACCAUAUGAUAGAUGAAAUUAAUGCCUUAAGUAUUAAUGACUUAUGUCUUCAAAAUCAGAUUAUUGAGGAGAUUCUAUGCUCCAUGGGAAAAUCUAUACCAUAUGGAAAUGACCACAUUUUAUCAAAAUUUAGCAGUCUUGUGCAUUUUUUCAUACAUAAGCAUAAAAUUAGCUUAACACCUUCUUGUGCAGCAUAUCUUACUGAUUUCACAUUGUCAGCUUUAAGCACUUGUGGUGAGUGGGUACUAAAUGAUGUUCUAAUUGCCUUUUCGGCGUUGCUGUACAUAAAUUGCGAAAAAAAUCAAAAGGUUCAUGCAGCUCUGAUUGAUGAGAGUAGUGUAUUUUCCAAUUUGCUGCUAUUGCCUAGGCAAGACCUAAGCAUCCAGUAUAAUGCAUUUCAGUGCCUCUUAAGCCUGCUUGAAAAAAAGCCAAAUGAAAGUGUCUUAUCAGAUGAAAUUUUAAGCGCUUGUUGUCAGAAAUGUAUUUUAGUUUUGAAGCAAAAACUGGAGACAAGUUCAUCAGAUAUAAUAUCACUAAAGAUAAUAAAAAGUUCAUUAAAGUGUUUGCAGUAUAUAUUUGCUUCUAAGAAUCUUCCUUUGAAAAAUUUUGGUGAAUUAUUAGGUGUGUUAAAAUGUACCAUUUUUUAUGGCUUGCCCGGCCCUUGCCCCACUGAUACUGUUUUACAUCCAACUUUGAAAUGUCCUGAUCCUCUUUUUUCAGACGAUUUACAAAAUGAAUCUGACUCGGCUCCUUAUCCUAAACUUAGAAAGCAAAAACGAAACCGGAAAAAUAGAGCUAAGAAAAAUGCACAUAAGACAAAAUCUGAAGGCAGGUGUAAUACAGAUUCGAAUGAAUUGGCAAAUUCUGAUUUUGAGGGAAGCGCUGCUUCUGUUCCUGCAUUUUCUCCUCAAAGAAAGUUUAAUGAUUUCAGAGCAAAGAGCAGUAGUUCAGAUUCAGAGUUUUCUGAUGCUGAGAGUCAAGCUUCAAAAGUUAAAUCUUUAUGCACUUCAAUAAGGCAGAAUGCUUAUCAAAGUUUACUAGCUGUUGUUAAGGUUGCUGAGAAAAAGCUAAUGUUUGGCUACUGGUCUUCAUUUUUUCCAGAUUCUCCUAGUUUCUGUGGAAUAGUUGCAAGUCAGAAUAUAUUUACCACAAUUUUGAAAGAUCCAUCAUCUCAGGUGAGGUUCAGUGCCUUGACUCUAUUAAUUGAAAUGUUGAAGGGAUCAAAGCAUUUUUUGUCCUUUGCUGAUGGAAGGAAAAUUGGUCAGUUGUCAUUUAUAUCCUUGAGUUCUGCCCUUGCAUCAAUGAUUUAUGAAUUUCACAGAUGUCUUCACCUUGCUCUAUUAGCUGAAACUUCUUCCUCACAUCGUAUUCAAAUUUUAAAAUGCUAUGCUGUUUUGUGUGAGAAUGUACCAUAUACAAAAGUUAAGUUAGAUAUACUCCUCAAACUUUUAAAAGAUGUUAAGAGCUUAAUCUAUAAUAAAGAUAGUCAAAUUCAAGCAUCUUGUUUAAGCAUUUUAGGUGCCAUAGUGAACUCAGAUCAAAUCCCAGAUGUAGUCAUUGAUAUACUGAUUUCAGCUGAUUUUGACUUGGAUACAAUCUCUUCUGUCACCAAUGCAAAGAUUGUUUCAACAUCUACCAAUUCAAGUGAACAAGAAAAAGAAUUGCCCUGGACUUUUUGUUUAUGCAGAAGUAACAUUUUCAAAAACGAACCUUUACCUCUUCAGAUUGAAUCUCUCCAAUUUCUCAGUAGCAUUGUUGGAAAAUACUUCUCUAAAAUAAUACCUUUUUUGGAUGUUUUGGAAAGUAUAAUUAUCUUCUGCUUUGAUGAACGCAAUGAGGUCCCAAUUCAGUUGUAUGGAGCUAAGCUUUUGGAUGUUUUGGGACGUUGCAUAAAUAAUUCCUCAGAUCUAGGAUCUGAUACCCAUAAAACUGAAAGUUUGAAUUUAAUACUUAAAAAUCUGUGGCUCAACAUUUCUGAAAAAAGUUUUAUUCGAUGCUUAACUACUGUCAACCAAACUCUGCAAACUGUUUGCUGUGACUGUCUUUCAACCAUACCAUCUAGCAUUUUUGAAGAAUUGCCUAAAAAAGUUCAAGUUCUAUACAUCACUGUUCUUCUUGGUUUGGCAGCAGACCCUAAUCCCAACUUAAGAGGAUCUGCAAUUCGUUGUUUGGGGAUGUAUUGCUUAUAUCCGUGUUUAAUAGAAGAUUUCUCCUUCUUGAAUGAUGUGUCUGAUAAAUUAAUUCUAUCCGUUGAUGAUCCUAAUAAAAAUGUUAGAUUUAAGGCCUCGUGGGCUUUUGGAAACUUGAGUAAUGCCCUAUUCAUGAAUAAAGACAACGCCAUAAUAGGUACAGAAAUAUCAGCCAAUUUUUUUUACUCCAUAGGCAUGGCUUGUGUAAAAUUUUCAAGGGAUUGUGACAGAGUCAAGGCAAAUGCUGUGAGAGCUUUGGGAAAUUUUGUCCAUUUUAUUCCUGAGUCUUUUUUAGAGGACACCAAAAUGCAAGAUUUUGUUAAAAGUGCCUGCCAGUCUUUGAACCUUGCUUUGACAUCCACCGUCAUGAAAGUCUGCUGGAAUACUUGCUAUGCUUGGGGAAAUAUUUUGAGAAAUCAGAGUCUUAUUAAGCAUAAAAUUAUUAAUUUGGAAGAGGUACUUAAUUCCUUAUUGAUAACUCUUAAGUCCCCAAACUUCAAAGUUCGUAUCAGUGCAGCACAAGCACUAACUGUCUUAAAUUCUAGGCAAUCCUAUGGCAAUCUUUUCUCAUCGAUUUGGUUACAGCUGAUAUCAGCACUUUUUUCAGCUGCUUCUGAUGUUAAUUUCAAAGAAAUAAAGCAUCAAGAAAACUUGUGUGAUCAACUAUGCCACAGUAUUACUCAGUUGGCCUCUAUUAUCAGUUAUGAAGAUGUUUGUGAAAUUUCGGACAGAACAACAGAUUCUAGUGAGAUUCUCUUGACUUCAUUUUGGAAGUAUGGAUCAAGAACUACAAAAGAAAAAUGUGAAGAUAUAAGUUUUGCUAUAGAACACUUGACUUUUUUGAAAAAUGAAAAAGACUAUGAAGAACAUUUACAAGUUUUGUCCAUUCUGUUGGAAAUUUUUAAUCAAGCAAUUUUUGCCUACUAUGGUGAGGCAGAAAGUUGAUGUUUAAAUUAAUAUAGUAUAAAAAUGGUUUUAUUAUCUUCACUGAAUAAAGUUAA